UCAGAGAACGUAUUACGGUGUAGUUAGAGGCUUCAGUGUGUGUUUUUCACGGACAACGUGGCCUAUUCUAGUCAAGUUCAGUCCUCAUCUUGGUGCUACAAUGACCGAACAGCCGGCCGCGGUAGAAAAUAAAGUUGGAAAAUGUAUGUCGCACAACUGGGUAGAAGAGAGGGCCAUUGCUGCUGUAGACAAUCAGGAGACGAGCAGACAAAUCCACAAACACGGACACAGAGGGAUUCUCACCAUGGACCAGGAGUCUAAGAUGGAGACUGUCACCACGGUGAGAGCUACUUUCAUCCCUCCGAAAAGUCCAGGGGUGAGGCUGCAGGGCAUCAGAGGCGAGCUUUUGGAAAAACAUAUCGCCCAGAUGAUAAGAGAGGAGGCUCACGCUAAACUGAACCCAACGAGUCCUAAAACUGACUUCUGCUCCACAACCCAGAAGGAUUUCUGUGUCGAGGGAUUUGUGCCUCUCAGCCCUGAAACAACACAAGUUCAUGAUUAUAAAACUGACCAGGCCGUCACGUUUUGGAGUGAAAAUUGUCAGCGGAUACAGGGUGCGACUGCUGUACACACACUGAAAGCACCUUUCAGGAAGUCGGCCCUGUUCAGCACGCCUAUCAGCGAGCGGCUGGAUGAAAUUGAGCUCCCGCCUGAUAACUGAGACCGUAUGUGAGAGUAUUACAUUUCAUCACUUCACUACCAGUUAUUAAUAAAGUGCGUAAACACUUUAAGUGUUAUUG